UCACUCUUUUCACGAGACCGCCAAGUCCCUCUACUUGCCUCUGCAAACCUAUUAUGGAUCUCGACGACUCCUUUUCCCCGCUCAAGGCAGUGGAUGCGAACCCCAAAGUGGGUAAGAUCAAGAAUGAGGAUUCCAAAAAGAGGUUGUCUGUUGAAAGAAUCUACCAGAAGAAAACACAGCUAGAGCAUAUAUUGCUCCGCCCUGAUACAUACAUUGGCUCUGUGGAACAAGUAACCCAGCAAAUGUGGGUGUUUGAUGAAGAUGGUGAACUGAAUUGCAGGGAUGUCACCUUUGUACCUGGCCUGUAUAAAAUCUUUGAUGAAAUCCUAGUCAAUGCUGCUGAUAACAAGCAGAGAGAUAAGAACAUGUCUUGUAUCAAAGUUACAAUUGACCCGGAGAAUAACACAAUCUCUGUGUGGAACAAUGGAAAAGGGAUUCCUGUUGUAGAACACAAAGUUGAGAAAGUCUAUGUGCCAGCUCUUAUUUUUGGGCAGCUUUUAACCUCUAGCAACUAUGAUGAUGAAGAGAAGAAAGUAACAGGUGGCCGAAAUGGUUAUGGAGCAAAGUUGUGCAACAUCUUUAGUACUAAAUUUACAGUGGAAACUGCAUGCAGAGAAUAUAAGAAGCUCUUUAAACAGACUUGGUCUAAUAAUAUGAAUAAGGCAGGAGAGAUGAAAUUAAAGUAUUUUGAUGGUGAGGACUUCACGUGCAUCACUUUCCAGCCGGAUCUGUCAAAAUUUAAAAUGACCACACUGGACAAAGACAUUGUGGCUCUAAUGUCUCGCAGAGCUUAUGAUAUUGCAGGAUCUGCUAAAGAUGUCAAAGUCUUCUUGAACGGAAAGAAGCUACCUGUCAAAGGAUUCCGCAGCUAUGUAGAUAUGUAUAUAAAGGACAAGCUGGAUGAAACUGGCAAUCCAUUGAAAGUUAUCCAUGAAGAAGUGAAUGGCCGGUGGGAAGUGUGUCUAACAAUGAGUGAAAAGGGCUUCCAGCAAGUUAGCUUCGUCAAUAGCAUUGCUACAACUAAGGGUGGCAGACAUGUAGACUAUGUUGCUGACCAGAUUAUCAACAAACUCAUAGACGUGGUAAAGAAAAAGAACAAAGGUGGAGUUGGAGUGAAGCCUUUCCAGGUGAAGAAUCACAUGUGGGUAUUUGUUAACUGCUUGAUUGAAAAUCCAACUUUUGACUCCCAAACAAAGGAGAAUAUGACUCUUCAGGCAAAGGCCUUUGGCUCAGUAUGCAAGUUGAGCGAAAAAUUUAUCAAGGGGGCAGUUGGUUGUGGCAUUGUGGAAAGUAUUCUGAAUUGGGUGAAGUUUAAAGCCAUGACUCAACUAAACAAGAAGUGUUCUGCUGUAAAACAUACUAGAAUUAAAGGAAUACCUAAACUGGAUGAUGCCAAUGAUGCUGGGAGCAAGAAUUCUGUCAGCUGCACCCUCAUUUUGACAGAAGGAGAUUCAGCUAAGACAUUAGCUGUUUCUGGACUUGGAGUUGUGGGCAGGGACAAAUAUGGCGUGUUUCCCCUCCGUGGAAAAAUGCUUAAUGUACGGGAAGCUUCCCAUAAACAGAUUAUGGAGAAUGCUGAAAUUAACAACAUUAUUAAGAUUGUGGGCCUGCAAUAUAAGAAGAGCUAUGAUGAUGAAGAAGCACUCAGGAGUCUACGUUACGGAAAGAUAAUGAUCAUGACAGAUCAGGAUCAAGAUGGCUCCCACAUCAAAGGCUUGUUGAUUAACUUCAUACACCAUAACUGGCCAUCUCUUCUGAAGCACCGUUUCCUGGAAGAGUUCAUUACUCCCAUCAUAAAGGCUUCCAAGAAUAAGGAAGAGAUUUCUUUCUACAGCAUUCCUGAAUUUGAAGAAUGGAAAGCCAGCAAUCUUACCUACAAAAACUGGAAAAUCAAGUAUUACAAAGGUCUGGGUACCAGCACUUCAAAGGAGGCAAAGGAGUACUUUGCAGAGAUGACAAGGCACCGAAUACCUUUCAAGUACUGUGGCCCUGAAGAUGAUGCUGCGAUCACUCUGGCCUUUAGCAAGAAGAAGAUUGAUGAUCGAAAGGAAUGGCUGACAAACUUCAUGGAAGAUAGAAGGCAGCGGAAGCUACAUGGCCUUCCAGAUAAUUACUUAUAUGGGAAAACUGUGAGUUAUUUGACCUACAAUGACUUCAUCCAUAAAGAACUUGUCCUCUUCUCAAAUUCUGACAAUGAGAGAUCCAUCCCAUCGCUGGUUGAUGGACUGAAACCAGGUCAGAGGAAAGUUUUGUUCACCUGUUUCAAAAGAAAUGACAAGCGGGAUGUGAAGGUUGCCCAGUUGGCUGGGUCAGUGGCUGAGAUGUCCUCUUACCACCAUGGAGAGGCCUCACUGAUGAUGACCAUUAUUAAUUUGGCGCAAAAUUUUGUGGGCAGCAACAACCUUAACUUGCUUCAGCCCAUUGGUCAAUUUGGCACCAGGCUGCAUGGUGGGAAAGACUCUGCCAGUCCUCGAUACAUUUUUACAAUGCUCAGUCCUUUGGCACGGUUGAUUUUCCCAGCAGUGGAUGACAGUGUGCUGAAAUUUCUGUAUGAUGACAACCAACGAGUAGAACCGGAAUGGUACAUCCCAAUUAUUCCCAUGGUGCUUAUCAACGGUGCUGAGGGUAUUGGGACUGGCUGGUCAAGCAAGAUACCCAACUAUGAUAUCCGAGAAGUGGUGAAUAACAUUCGACGCAUGCUGGAUGGAGAUGAGCUGCUACCCAUGACUCCUAGUUAUAAGAAUUUCAAGGGGACAAUAGAUGCCCUGGGGCAAAACCAAUACCUUGUCAAUGGGGAGGUGUCUAUACUGGAUUCCACCACCAUUGAAAUUUCUGAGCUUCCUGUUCGGACAUGGACACAGGUAUAUAAAGAACAGGUUCUGGAGCCUAUGCUGAAUGGUUCAGAAAAGACUCCCCCACUAAUAACAGAUUAUAAAGAAUACCACACAGACACCACAGUCAAAUUCAUAGUAAAGUUGAGUGAGCAAAAGCUUGCGGAGGCAGAGGCUGCUGGUCUACACAAGGUCUUCAAAAUACAGACUUCUCUUUCCUGCAACAACAUGGUGCUCUUUGACCAUGUUGGUUGCCUGAAGAAAUAUGAGAGUGUAGAGGAUGUUCUGCGUGAAUUCUAUGAGCUCAGGCUGCGCUAUUACACCUUAAGAAAAGACUGGCUUGCUGGGAUGUUGGGUGCAGAGUCUGCAAAACUAAACAACCAGGCACGCUUCAUCCUAGAAAAAAUAGAGGGCAAAAUAGUAAUUGAAAACAAGCCCAAGAAAGAAUUGAUAAAGGUCCUUAUCCAGAGGGGUUAUGAUUCUGAUCCAGUAAAGAAAUGGAAGGAGUCUCAACAGAAGAGCAGCGAUGAAGACACAAAUGAAGAGGAGGAUAGUGAUAAGGAAAAUGAAUCUGCCGCGGCCAGUGGACCAGAUUUUAAUUAUCUUCUGAACAUGCCUCUCUGGUACCUAACAAAGGAAAAAAAGGAUGAGCUAUGCAAACAACGGGAUGACAAAGAAACUGAGCUGGAGAACCUGAAGCAGAAGAAACCUGACAACUUAUGGAGAGAAGAUCUUGCAGCCUUUGUUGAGGCUCUUGAUGUCUUAGAAGAAAAGGAAAGGCAGGAUGAACUGUCAGGAACCACUGGCAAGCCCAUCAAAGGGAAAGGAGGAAAAAUGAAAGUAAAGAAGCUGCAGGAAAUCAUGCCCUCCCCACAUGGCAGAAGGGUCAUCCCCCGAGUGACUAACGAGAUGAAAGUGGAAGCAGAGAAGAAAUUAAAAAGAAAAAUCAAGAGUGAAAAAACUGAGCUUGAUGGGAAUCAAGAAGGAGAUUCACAAGGGUGUGACAAAGAACCAAAGAAUCUUAAACAAAGAUUGGCAAAGAAACUGAAAAUGGAGCCAGCAGACUUAACGUCAGAUACCAAGAAACAAUCUGUGCUACCGUUCAAGCCAGUAAAAAAAGCAACGAAAAGAAAUCCUUGGUCUGAAUCUGAAUCAGAAUCAGAAGAAGAUGAUAUAGAGGUUGUACCUCGUACAAAGGUACCAAAUCGCCAAGCAGCAGCAAAAGUUAAGUAUGUGGAAGAUUCUGAUUCUGAUUCCGACCUCAGUGACAUAGUUGGAAAUCACCAGGCUCAAAAUGAAAUGGAUGAGGAUGUUGUAUUUGAUGAAAAUGCAAAGGUUCCAGCUGCAAAGGUGGCUGCUGUUUCUAAGAAAGCCAAGGAACAGAAAAGUAAAGAGGAAUUAAAACCACCAGAGGUACAGAUUGCUAUCUCAACUGUCAUUGAAGACGAUGAUGAAGAAGCUAAUAAACCAGUUCCAACUACUGAUGUCCCAGUUAAGCCUGCUCCCAAAAAGAGAGCUCCAGCCAAGAAAACAGCAAGCGUAGCUAAAGACAAUCAGCCCUCUAUUAUGGAUGCCUUCUCUAAGAAAAAGACAACUGCAAAACCCAGCAAGGCAUCAACAGCUAAGACGUCAGACUCUAGGGCAGAUGGAGCAGCCUCCAAAAAACCUGCGCCUGCCAAGACAAAGAAACCUGCUAAAAGGAAGCCUUCCGCCUCCUCUACGUCUCAGGACUCAGAUUCUGACUUUGGCCAAUCAGUUAAAAAAUCAACUGCGUUGGAUAAGUCAUUUUCCAUUGCAAUGGAUUCAGAUGAGGACUUGCCUGUUCCUGAAAGGGUGGGCCGGGCCAGGAAGCCAGUCCAAUAUCUGGAGGAGUCAGAUGAUGAGAUGCUCUGACUUGAA